AUGUCGUACUACGUCGAUCGAAUGCCCACCUACCAGCCCAACACGAUGGUCUACCCCGACCAGCGAGUGGAGUCCAUCUACGCCGAAGUAAUCGAACCGGCGAAAUCGUCCUCGAACAAAAAGUACAUCGCGGCUGUUGUGGCCGCAUUGUUGCUCGUGGUCGCCUCGGUUGCGAUGACGCUGUUGAUACUGUCCGGUGCCUUCAACCAAACGCAACCAGAGCCCGUCUUGGGUCGAGCUGAGCAACUGAUCGAAUCUACUCAAGUGCCGUUACCUCGAGUGAACAGCUACGUCGUCGUGAGCAAACAACCUCAGCCCCGAAAACCGAUAGCGCUUCGUCAACUGCGUUACAACCGUAUGAGCAGCACGGUCGAAACGCCAGUGCCAACGACGGCCGAACCCGUGUCGCAGCUUCCUGCUGUGAACGGGAUCUUCUGGAGCGAUGCUGCCGAAUCGUCGGUGCCCGCCGGCUUCCAUUCUCGCCAGGCGACACACUGGAAAGCGGCUGUCAAGGCGGCCACGAUUGUUGACAUUCGCGAGGGAUGCGGCCGGAUGCAGAACCGUCUCGUCGAACUCAACGACCAAGUGCUCUCGUGCGCUCGUUACCGUCCGAACAACGACCAGAUGCAGGGUGAGCUCUUCUCGUUCUACCUCGCCCAGCUGCUCGGCAUCCCCAACGUGGUGCCGGUAGUGGCGACCCGCGCUGUUGGUAAACAGUGGUCGGACGUCAUUCCCAAGAUCCAGCAGGCCCGCUGGCAACCGGGACGUCCCGUGCUGCUCUCGCGCUACAUCGACGGCUUGGAGCCGGCGUUCAUUCCUGAAAUGCUCCGCGACAAGAACCGACACCUGCACCCCUCCGACGUCAAGAACAUGACACGAUCUCAAAUCCAGGAGUUGGUCCAAUGGUCGGAUCUGAUCCUCUUCGAUUACAUCACCGCCAACCUCGACCGAGUUGUCAACAAUCUCUACAACCUCCAGUGGAACCCGGACAUGAUGUCGUCGCCCGCGCACAACCUGCUGCGAAACCCGAAAACGGGACUCCUCGUGUUCGUCGACAACGAGUCUGGACUCGUGCACGGCUACCGGUUGCUCGAGAAGUACAACGUCUACCACAAGAGCCUCCUGCAGGCGCUGUGCGUCUUCCGCAAGCAGACCAUCGCUUCGAUCAGACGUCUUGUGAAUCUCUCCCCCGAAGAGUUGACUCAGCUGUUGCAGAAGUCGUUCCAGGCGAACUCGCCGAACAUGGACGGCUACCUGCCUUUCCUGCCCCACAAGUCGAUCGAUAUCCUCAGACAGCGAUUGCGGCACGUCGAGGAACAGGUGGAGAAGUGCGAAGCUCAGUACACUCCGUUGUAGGCGGCCAACCGAUGUAAAUAGAAAU